GGCCCGUUGACAACACCGCAGCAGAGCUCAGCCUGCUGCCGCCGCUGCUGCCUUCACCUCCGAAUACUCAACCCGCCACCGCCCGCCGUCCUCGCGAGCCGUGGACCCACCGCCCGCUGCUUCACCUCGGCGGGAGAAGUCGAGUCGUUCCUGCGGCUCGUUCGGUGCCCGGCGGUGUCCUGGUCCUUCUUCUCCGCGGUGUUUAUGUUUGUCGGCGGCUGGAAAUGGAGGCGGCUAGCGGGCUGCUAGGCGGCUGAGAGCGGCCGGACGGAGCGAACGGGACCCGGAGCUCAGCCACAACACUAACCGGUUCAAACAGCUCCCGGCCGGCCGGCGAGCAUGGCGGAGUAGCGGCCCUCGGCUCCUCCGACCAACCUCACCAUGGCCCCGGGCUCGCUGGUGGCGGCCUGCCGCAGCCUGGCCCUCUCGACGUGGCUGCUGUCCUUCUGCUUCGUCCACCUGCUGUGCCUGGACUUCACGGUGGCCGAGCGGGAGGAGUGGUACACGGCCUUCGUCAACAUCACCUACGUGGACCCGGCCACGUCGGAGCUGCGCACCGAGAAGACGGAGUGCGGCCGCUACGGGGAGCACUCCCCGAAGCGGGACGCCAAGGGGGUGCUGGUGCUGCCCGCGGCCCCGCUGGACCGCCAGGCCUGCGACCCCAGUACCCGGUUCCUGGUGCCCGCCCAGGCCGCGGCCUGGAUCGCGCUGAUCGCUCCGGGAAACUGCACCUACAAGGACAAGAUCCGGCACGCCGCGGCCCUCAACGCCUCGGCGGUGGUCAUCUUCAACGUGGGCUCCGCCAACGCCAACGACACCAUCACGAUGCCGCAUCCAGGUGCCAGCGAGGUGGUCGCCAUCAUGAUCCCUGAACCCAAAGGCCGUGAGGUCGUAUCGCUGUUGGAGCGCAACGUAACUGUCACCAUGACCAUCACCAUCGGCACCAGGAACCUGCAGAAGUACGUGAGCAGGACGUCGGUGGUGUUUGUGUCCAUCUCCUUCAUUGUGCUGAUGAUCAUCUCGCUGGCCUGGCUCGUCUUCUACUACAUCCAGAGGUUCCGAUACGCCAACGCUCGGGACCGCAACCAGCGGCGUCUUGGCGAUGCAGCGAAAAAGGCCAUCAGCAAACUGCAGGUCCGCACCAUCAGGAAGGGCGACCAGGAGACCGAGGCCGACUUCGACAACUGUGCCGUCUGCAUAGAAGGCUACAAGCCCAACGACGUGGUCCGAGUCCUGCCCUGCAGACACUUGUUCCAUAAGAGCUGCGUGGAUCCGUGGCUGCUGGACCAUCGCACAUGUCCCAUGUGUAAGAUGAACAUCCUGAAGGCACUCGGCAUCGCGCUGAACGCCGACUGUCUGGACGACCUGCCACUUGACUACGAUCUGGCUCUGGGUGGCGUGGGUGUGGGCGGGGUCGGGGCCUUGGCGCUGGAGGCGGUGGUGUCUGGGGCGUCCAGCGACGGCACGCUGAGCGAAGGCGGCUCCUCCGUGGUUCUGGACCCGGGCGUGAGGCGGGUUGGGCUCCCGCAGGACUACCAGGACCCCGACACCCUGAGAGACAGUCCGGUUACCGCCACCACCGACACCCACACAGGUGAGCUUCAGCCAAUGGCCAGCAGUGCCUCAGUGGCCUCAUUUGUCAUCGCCGUGGAAACGGGCCUGUCAGACGAGGAGGGGUCCAUGGAGCCUCAGCUGGGGGACAAGUCCUGAGAGCAAAACCAAACCAGAACCAGGCCAGAACAGACUUCAGCAGGCCUGAAGGUCCAUCAGCGACUUGACCUAAACUAUCCAACCCAAAUCCGCACUGAGCAUGCUCUGAGCUCAGCCCAGGAUCUGGUUCUGGUCACUGGUUCCAAGUGGAAACUUAAUCCAGAACCAGCGUCAGGGUUCCGCUGGGUUCUUCUCUUAGAACAUGUAAUACGCAAUGCCAAACUCGCCAACUGGCCUGGACUCCAGGUGGACUCGAACCCGGCUGGAACCAGGAUCGAGACCUGGACGAGUUUAAACAUAGAAGAUCUGAAUUGAAUAAAGAACACCUCAAACGGACCUGUUAGAUUUGGGCUCAAAGGAACCUGAA